AUGGCUUUCAAGGAUGUGGCUGUCUGCUUUCUUCUGCUAUUUGCAUCAGAAUUCUUCGUAGGCAUAGCUAAUGCAGCCGAUCAAAACUUGGGCACGGUCAUCGGAAUCGACCUCGGGACGACAUAUUCGUGCGUGGGAGUUUACAAGAAUGGGAAGGUGGAGAUCAUAGCCAACGACCAAGGCAACCGAAUCACCCCUUCGUGGGUCGCAUUCACCGACACCGAACGUCUCAUCGGGGAAGCCGCCAAGAAUCAGGCGACCGUUAAUCCCGAACGCACUAUUUUCGAUGUCAAGCGAAUAAUCGGACGAAAGUUUGACGACCCGGAGGUGCAGAGGGACAUGAAAAUGUUGCCGUACAAGGUGGUGAACAAAAACGGGAAGCCUUAUAUCGAGGUGAAGGUGAAGGAUGGGGAGAUUAAGGUGUUCAGCCCCGAGGAAAUUAGCGCCAUGAUUCUUCAAAAGAUGAAGGAGACGGCAGAGUCGUUCUUGGGCAAGAAAAUCAAAAGUGCAGUUGUCACUGUACCGGCAUAUUUCAACGACGCUCAACGUCAGGCGACUAAGGACGCUGGCACGAUCGCGGGGCUCCAUGUUGCCCGCAUCAUAAACGAGCCAACAGCCGCCUCCCUAGCCUACGGCCUCGACAAGCAAUCGGAAGCUGCUAAGAACGUCCUCGUCUUCGACCUCGGUGGCGGGACCUUCGACGUGAGCGUCCUCAGCCUCGACGGUGGCGUGUUUGAGGUUCUGUCCACUAGCGGCGACACGCAUCUCGGCGGGGAGGACUUUGACCACCGCCUCAUGGACUACUUCGUCAAGCUUAUAAAAAAGAAGUACCAAAAGGACAUCUCAAAGGACAAGCGGGCACUCGGGAAGCUUCGUCGGGAGUGCGAGCGGGCCAAGCGGGCCCUCAGUAGUCAGCAUCAGGUGCGGGUCGAGAUCGAGUCGGUUUUCGAUGGGGUGGAUUUGUCGGAGGCGCUGACGAGGGCGAGGUUUGAGGAUAUGAAUGUGGAUUUGUUUAAGAAGACGAUGGGCCCUGUUAAGCGGGCCUUGGAGGAUGCGGGCUUGAAGAAGGGUGAUGUGGACGAGAUUGUGUUGGUCGGUGGGAGUACGAGGAUACCUAAGGUGCAGGAGAUGUUGAGAGAGUUUUUUAACGGUAAGGAGCCGUGUAGGGGAGUGAAUCCCGAUGAGGCGGUGGCGUAUGGGGCGGCUAUUCAGGGAGGAGUCCUCAGCGGCGAGGGUGGCGAGGAGACAGAGAAGGUUGUUGUGAUUGAUAGGACGCCGUUGAGUUUAGGUAUCGAGACGGUUGGUGGUGUGAUGACGAAGGUGAUCCCGAGAAACACAGUGAAACCAACAAAGAUGUCGAAGGUUUUCACUACUUAUCAAGACCAACAAGACACGGUCUCUAUUAAGGUUUACGAAGGCGAAAGGGCUUUGACGAAAGAUUGUCACGAGCUCGGGAGCUUUGAACUCAAAGGCAUUCCACCUGCUCCAAGGGGAGUGCCUCAGAUAGAAGUGACGUUUGAGGUGGAUGUGAACGGCAUUCUCCAAGUGACUGCACAAGACAAGGCGGCCAAGAAGUCCAAGUCCAUAACCAUCACCAACGACAAGGGCCGCUUGAGCGAACGAGAAAUUGAGGACAUGAUACGGGAGGCUGAGGAGUUUGCCGAGGAGGACAAAAAUGUUCGGGAGAAGAUCGAGGCUAAGAACAAGCUCGAGACCUACAUUUUCAACAUGCGGACCACGAUCCAGGACAAGUUUGCAGACAGCGUAGAGCCCGAGGACCGGGAGAAAAUCGAGAGCGCAUUAAGAGACGCGAAUGAGUGGCUGGACGAGAACCCGAGUGCCGAGAAGGACGAGUUGGAUGAGAAGAUGAAGGAGCUAGAGGAUUUGUGCAGUCCGAUUGUGAGAAGGGCGUAUGAGAAGAGUGGUGGGACUCGGGGCAGUGAUGGUGAAGACGAGGAUUCGCAUGAUGAGUUAUAA